AUGGCUUUCUUCGGGAUAACAAAUUUGGGCUAUCAAAAUCCCAUCGGAGACAAGAUGCUAGUGAAUCCACGAGCGUCUGCUUCCCACGGCGGUGAGUGACGAGUGCUGUGCCAAUCUACGUUAGCUAGCUAGCUAAAAGCCUUUGGCUGGGCAAUUCCAUAGUAACGGAAUUACGCUGAGACUCAGAAUUUUCACUUUAAAAUGUAGCUAUACCAAACAAAAAACAUUGAUUUCAAAGUUUAACAAACAAUAAUAGAACUAUAUGCACAAUGACUACUUUUAACCAUUUGCACAGACAUUUUUAAACAAAAAAAACAUUGAUUUCAAAGUUUAACAAACAAUAGAACUUAAUGCAAAAGGACUAGUACUUUUAACAAUUUCCAGACAUUUUUACAAAAACACAUUUACAGGAAGAACUGUGCAGAUAGAAAGUUAGUAACAGAAUAAAACUGAGGUAGAUUGUUACCGUAAUUCUACCGUAAUUCUGUUACCAAAUUUAAAACAAGCAAAAUCAUUCCACAUUUGUCAAUCUGUAAAUUGUGAUAAGCUUUUUUUCAUAACUGUUUUAGCUAAGCUGUGCUGACAUGGAUAAUAAUUUGAAGGUAAAAGCACGCCAGACUCCCUGGCCUUUACAGAUGAUGAGGUUGAUUUAAGGAGCUGGGCUAAACAGUCAAGACUGCCCCCAAUCCAAGUCCAGAGGGGACCCCCUAAAUGCACCGAUACCUGCAGCAUCUACAACCAGCCACCUCCCUUCAGCCCAGACAUACACCAAGGGAGCCAGGAGCGAUACAGAGAGAUGCUCAAACGGGUCCAGACACCCAGAUGUAAGUUUAUGUGACUUAUAUUUGCAUUAAUUGAAAACACAUCAUCCCUAGGAUCAGUAUUUACUGACAUGGGAUCUCUCUUCCCUAGCCCCGAACCAGCUGUACUCAGUGCCCCUGACAGACAGCCAGCAGUGUGGAUGGUGGAUGCCCAAUGGAGGCCAAGGAAAUAUGCAGGAACCCUGGACCCAAGUGAGACGAUUCCCCCGCAAGAACAGUGAGAUGACCAAGUGAGUGUCAAGUCUGAUUUGAGCUUUACAAUUUGUUUCUUGAAGUCAGAUGUGUCAGUGGCCUGCUCUCACUCUGCCUACUGUUUUUCCUCAGGUUUGUGAAAGAGAUGUCAAUGACGGACCGAGAGUUUAGCUUAUUCUGA